AUGGCCAAUUCACAAGCCCGUAUGUCGAUGUAUUCGGUAGCGUCCGACUCUGGGGGACCUCGAGGACCUGGACCACAACCCUCCCAAGUAUCAACGACGACACUUCUCAACGGCAUUCACAACAUCUACCUUUCCGCUCAGCCAUAUCGACUCGAUGCCGGUACGAGCGUCGUCGUUAACACAUGGCUAACUGCCACACAAGCCGGACCUGAAGGAAGAACAGGAGGGACGGUAGACCCUGCGCUGGGAGCUCGAGCUUGGGAACAUGCUCGACGACGUGCUGAGGAUGGAUGCAUUAUUCUUGGCUCCCUACACCCAUCGGCGCCCUCUCUUCUGGCGCCGUUCCUUUUGUCGCUACCUCUCUCCAUCCCGCAAUCCGUGUUUACUGCUCUCGAAGUUCUUAGGCCCUUCAUUCGAUGUGUAACGCCUUACAACCCUUCAACACCCCGUGAAAUCGGACUCGGUGCAACUUUGACCCUGAACCUCGCGGGCAACUUGACUGCAGCGACUCUCGCUCUGUCUCAGGGGGGAAUAGACACCACUAAGGGCUUGUUGAACAUUCCCGCCGAGCCAGGGCACCGAGCCUUUGACGUCUUCUACUAUUUGCUUACUUCAGCAUCCACUCCCGCCGAACGCGAGUUCCUGGGACUUAAGCCAGCUGCGAACUACUCUUUGCUCGCCAAAUCGGGCACUUACGACCCUCCUUCGUACCUGCCUACUGCUGACGACGCUGCGGCUGCCGAUGACUUCCGCACGGCUUUAAAGGAGAUUGGCAUCAAGGGGCCAGCUCACAGAAACUUUAUUUCGACACUUGCCGGACUCCUCAAACUAGGCAACACCCUAGAUUAUAAUGUGGACGGAGAUGUUCUUGAUGACAUCUGCGAGGAUGUAGGUGGACUACUGGGUCUCGAUCCUGAGGUGCUCGCGAGGCAAUGCAGCACCGAGGACAGGCAAACUCUGAUUGGAGGGCUCUACGAGGCCCUUGUUGACUGGGUCAUCUUCAAAGCUAAUGUGGCGAUUGCGGCUCAAAUGGAACGGAUUCGGGAUGGUACAGAAUCGUCCGACGGACGUGGCGCCCGUACGCCUACUCCAAACGAGGACAAUGGCGACACUGUCUGCAUCUCCGUCAUUGAAAUUCCCGACCCAUCGCUAGGCAAGGCUUUGGCCAUGCGUAGCAUCUUCGAUGAUAGCACGGGCAUCAAUGCUGAAAUGAAAGAGGACGGCGUCGAAGUAGUUUCUGCGGGAAGCUCUGUCGUUCGCGAAAUGCAGACUGCUGUCUCGGACGUUGCACCCGACUUGGGCAUCCUGACUGGCCCAGUUGCCCGGGAAAGACUGCACGUGUUGGAGAAGCGGGAGGAGGUCCUCGAGAAGGUCGGCUUGGCCGGCGAGGAUGAUGGAUUCCUCAAGAAACUGCUGUUCCCAGUCAACGGACAGGGCAUUAAUCUCGGCCGAAAUGGCCGCCUCGACCUGGCUUCGGUUUUGAGCUCGAGCCGUGUCUGGUAUCACCUGUCGCUGCACCCAACUGACGAGUCUCCCGCCAGUUUAGCCGCCUUACCGUCCGUCACAUCGGCGUGGUCUGCCGGAACCGUGUCACGGCAACUCCGAGCCUGGAGACUGCCGGAAUGGGCCAACCGUCGAAACAAGAACUUGGAUUUCACCGCAGAUUUCGACCUGGAGGAGUUCGCCCAGCGAUUCGCCCCACUAGGUUGCAUAGAUGGCCGGGACGGAAUCGAAACGUGGAUCCUGGAAAGAGGCUGGAGCAACGGUGAAGUUGUUGUAGGCAGAGAGCGCGUCUGGAUGCGUGAAAAUGCUUGGUGGGAAGCCGAGAGCAUGCUCGACCUCAAGCCCACCGGCAACGUGCCCAGCAUGGGCCACAUGAUGCUAGCUCCAGGCGGUCUUGAAACGGGGUACUCGAAUGGUGGCAGUGGUUACUUCGGAGCCCCUUUGGCGGACCACGACACCAACGGGAGCCGCGACCAGCUGCUACAGUCCCGCAACCAGAGUCAAGUUACUCUCGGUCAGCACCUGGCUGGCCCUUUCAUGGCCUCUACAGCUAUGCGCAACGCCAGCAGUGGCGACUACGGUCUUGGCAACAAGGGAGACAAACACCAUGACCAGGUCUAUUAUACGGCUGAAGGCGAGUUCAUUGGCAACUUGGACCCUGAUCUGGCUCAAGGCAAACAUGUUGAAACCCAGGACACGAGCUUCACUCGCCGUAUCUGGGUUGCUUUCGUGUGGGCUAACACUUUCUGGAUUCCCUCUCCCUUGCUUAAAUGGGUUGGGCGUAUGAAACGACCUGACGUCCGCAUGGCAUGGCGUGAGAAAUUGGUUCUGGUGUGGCUCAUAUUUUUGUCCAACGCACUCAUCAUCUUCUGGAUCAUCUGGUUUGGUAAAUUGCUCUGUCCCAAUAUGGAUAAGGCUUGGACGCAGGACGAAGUCGCAAAUCACCUAGGUGAAGCCGACUUCUGGGUCAGCAUCCAUGGCAAGGUAUAUGACAUAUCCAAAUUUUGGAAGCUCCAGCAUAGCGACACAGAUACCGACACGACAAGCGAACUGAUGCUACAAUUCGCUGGUAUGAAUCUCGAUGGGUAUUUUGUGGCCCCUCUCCCACUCACCUGUCCGGGGCUCGGCAUUAAGGAGACGACGUACCUUACGUUGAACAACACGCCAACACUCACAGAGGGUGUCCACACUUCCGGGUACCUCCAGGCCGAUACGACCACCAAGCUUCAUUCUGACACGUGGUACCGCGACUACUUCCAGCCCAGAAUUAAGGAAUACUACCAUGGUGAGCUUGUUUGGGACAAGGAGACGGUUAAUUCGGAAGGCUCCGACGACAACCAUAUGUGGGUCAUCUAUGAUGGCUCGAUCUAUGACUUGACGGACUACUUCAACACGAUUGAUUAUUACCAAAAUCUUGACACAUACAAUUUCCUGGAUACCACCAUGAUCAACACUGUCAAGAACAACCCGGGCGAGGAUGUUACGACGUCCUGGAACACCCAUAUCAAGAACGUGCAGUCCAAUGAGACUGCGUAUGCCACAGCCCUCAACAGUCUCAACUGCAUCAAGGAGACGUUCUAUGUUGGCAUCCCAGAUUUCCGUUAUUCGGCUAGGUGCCAAGUCAACAACUAUAUUCUGCUCACUUUCACCAUCAUUGUCUGUUCAGUCAUCGCCAUCAAGUUUAUCUCGGCGUUGCAGUUCGGGUCCAAGCGACGACCAGCUCCCCAGGACAAGUUCGUUAUUUGUCAAGUUCCUGCUUAUACGGAAGGCGAGGACUCAUUGCGGAAUGCACUAGACUCCCUCACAGCUCUGCAAUACGAUAACAAGAGAAAGCUGAUCUGCGUCAUCUGUGAUGGUGUCCUCAUUGGUGAGGGCAACGACCGCCCAACCCCCAAGAUUGUACUGGAUAUUCUGGGUGUCGACCCGAAGCUUGACCCUCCGGCUUUGCCAUUCAAGUCUGUGGGAACCGGCAGUGAGCAAUUGAACUACGGAAAGGUGUAUUCUGGCCUCUACGAAUUCGAAGGCAACGUCGUCCCGUACAUGGUUGUCGUCAAGGUCGGCAAAGAAUCCGAGCAGACCAAGUCCAAGCCUGGUAACCGCGGCAAGCGUGAUUCUCAGAUCUUGUUGAUGAGCUUCCUCAACCGGGUGCACCACCGAGCUCCAAUGAACCCUCUUGAGCUGGAAAUGUUCCACCAAAUUAACAACAUUAUUGGAGUCGACCCCGAGCUUUACGAAUACCUGCUCAUGAUCGAUGCCGAUACUUCUGUACGCGAAGAUUCGUUGAACCGGCUUGUCGCUGCUUGUGCCAACAAUGCUAAGAUCGCCGGUAUCUGUGGCGAGACUGCUCUUCAGAAUGAGGACAGAUCGUGGUGGAGUAUGAUCCAGGUCUACGAAUAUUUCAUCUCGCAUCAUCUGGCAAAGGCCUUUGAGUCACUCUUUGGAAGUGUUACUUGUCUUCCUGGAUGUUUCUCCAUGUACCGUCUGCGAACAUCUGACAGAGGCAAGCCUCUGAUCAUUUCGGAUAAUGUUAUUAAGGAAUACUCCGUUUGCAACGUGGACACGCUUCACAAGAAGAACCUGCUAUCACUCGGAGAGGAUCGAUAUCUCACAACCCUUAUGACCAAGCAUUUUCCAUACAUGUCAUUCAAGUUUAUCGCCGAUGCAUACUGUCAAACGGCCGCACCUGACGAAUGGAGCAUUCUCUUAUCUCAGCGACGAAGAUGGAUCAACUCGACUAUUCACAACCUGGCUGAACUGGUGUUGUUGAAAGACAUGUGCGGUUUCUGUUGUUUCUCGAUGAGAUUUGUCGUCCUGAUUGACCUGACGGGUACCAUAAUCUUGCCGGCCACAUGCGUGUACCUCGGAUACCUGAUUUACCUCGUCGCGACCGGCACGGGCCAGUUCCCCUUGAUCUCAAUUAUUAUGUUGGCGGCCGUGUACGGUCUCCAGGCGCUGAUCUUCAUCCUCAAGCGACAGUGGCAGCAUAUUGGAUGGAUGAUUAUCUACGUCAUGGCUUUCCCCAUUUACUCGUUCGUUCUGCCCAUUUACUCUUUCUGGAACCAGGACAACUUCUCGUGGGGUAACACGCGUAUCGUCAUUGGAGAGAAGGGCAACAAGCAGGUUGUGGCUGUCGACGAUGAGGGCUUCGACCCCCGCUCCAUUCCCCUGCAGCGUUGGGACGACUACGCCAUGCUAAACAACCUGCCCGGCCGUCGCGGCUUUCACGCUGAGAAGUCGGAGCAUACGCCGUUCGAGGACAGCUACGAGAUGGAUGACAUGAAGUCAGUCUACUCCUCUGUGCGCCAGCCUUCGGUCCUCACUGGCCUUCACGGUGCCAACCGCGCGGGAUCAGCCUUCAUGCCACCGCAGAGCCCGGCACCCUUCGCUCGACCCCAAUCCAACUUUGCUCCGUACUCUGAUAACCCCAUGCAUCGCGGCUCCAUGGCCUCCGUCGGAGACAUCCACCGCAUGCAAAGCCCAUACCAAGACCCCUAUCGCCCAUCAGUGUCUAACCUGCGUGCCGUCAGCAAUAAUUCGCCGGCGCUCGAUAUGCAGCAGCGGCAAUCUACCACUAGCCUGGGCUAUUCGGGCGGCCAUCGUAACCCCCAGGCUCAGCAAUCCGUGACCUCGUUUGAUUUCCAGAGGGGCACCGCAGGGCCCGAUGACUACAGUAUCACCGAAGCUAUCCAGGGCGUGCUCCGGGAUAUUGAUCUUGAUACGUGCACUAAGAAGCAGGUGCGUGCGCUUGUGGAGCAGCGUCUGCAGACAGAGCUUGUCGGCGAGAGGAGGACGUUUAUGGAUCGGCAGAUUGAUAAUGAGCUUGCUAAUAUGUAG